AUGAAAGGUAAGUUAGAUAUACCUGAAAAAGAUAUAUCGUCGAAAACAAUAUCAUGGACUGUUGGAUGCAGCGGAUCAACAGUUGUUGACUGGUCCAACUUUUUACGAGAAGUAUGUACAGAAAAACUUAAUAUGGCUCCACAAAUGGGAGGGAUUGGGGAAGUUGUCCAGAUUGACGAAUCACUUUUCCGUGGUAAGCGAAAAUACAAUCGUGGACGACUUUUACUUGGUAAUCAAAAUAAUAAUGGGAACAACAACGCAACAAAUGGACUGGUACCAUACGCAUCUAGUAGUGAGGAUAGCGAUGGCACUCAGCAACAAACAAAUAAUCGUAAUUAUGGAAGACGUAUGGAUAGGCCGUGGAUAUUUGAUAUCGUUCAACCGACGGAAGAUGGACACGAGGUACGGUUUUUCCAUGUACAAUGUCGUGAUCGUCAAACAUUAAUUCCAGUUAUAUGGAAACAUGUUGUACCUGGAACAACCGUAUGGUCAGAUGAAUGGGCUGCCUACAAGAAUCUACAAACGCAGUACGGAUAUGAUCACCAAACAAUCAUUGAAGCAAUUUUUGGACGGUUUUUAUGUAUUCAAACUGAGAAUAUUUUAAUGCCUAAAAGUGGCAGUUUUAUUACGAUUAAAACAUGGACAUUUUGUGAUGCUCCUUUUAAGACUAUUAUUGCACCAUUAGGAACUGCUAGUAACCCAUUGUUUGAGCAUUUUCCAAGGACCAUGGUACCAUCACUGGUAUCAGUCCCAGAAAUGGAGACUACUUUCUCGCGACAAUAUACUGGAGGUGAGGACACAAUGAUGUCUCAAGCUCCCCGUGGCCGUGGGAGAUUACUAGGUAGAUCAAGUGGUCAAAAUAAUGGUCCAUCUAAUCAAUUAUAUCGUCGUGCACAAUCAGCAGCUGUAGGAGGGAAAAAAAUUAUACAAGAAGAGAACGGAACACAACCAUCAAUAAUACCUAAAAUAGGAGAAAAACGCUAUUCUCCAUCACGAUCAAGCGUCACUCGGCCAAAGUCAUGUCGUCCGAUUGAAGCACGUUCACCUGUUCCCGACUCAAAAAUAUACACAUUAGUCUUAAGACCAGAUUCUGGAGGAUCAGCCGGUCGAAAAGUUGAUUUUCACACAAACCAUUUCAAAUGUGCAAUACCAAAAGAAUUAAUUGUAAAGCAAUACGAUGUUGAUGUUGUAAUACAAAAUCGUGACGGAACAUGGAGACCUGCGAAAAAAGACGAUCGUUUUCUAGUAAUGAAAAAAAUAAUUGAGCGUGAGAAAUUUCCCUUUGUUUGGUAUGACGACGGAAAAAAUUUGUAUUCAACUGAAGAUUUAUCCGGAUUUCAAAAACAAUAUGAAAUGAAAGUAAAACAUAAAAAUACUGACAACGAAAAAAUAUGGGACUUUUUCGAUCCGACCAAAAAUAUAUCAAUUCGUCCACGUGAUUCAGUUCGUGUUUUGGAAACAUUACUCAAACAACAUACUCGAUCAACAAUGGUUUGUGAUGGUCGUGGCAUAGGAUACGGUUUUUAUCAAGCCAUGUUUUUAACAAAAGUCGGUGUUACACUAAAUAUUAACAAUACAUUUACGUGUUUUUAUCAUUCAAUGAAUUUAGUUGAUUUCUUAUGUGACUAUUUACAGACAGAUAUUACUCGUGGAAUUCCAGAACGUGAACAACAAUUAUUAUUGAAAAAAGUACUAAAAUCAAUAUGGCUUGAAACAAAUCACACCGGGCAAGUACGAAAAUAUCGAAUUCGUGGCUUUGGUUUAUCAUCGAAUCGUCAUACAUUUCCAAAACAAGUAGAAAAUGAUCAGGGCAAUGAGGAUGGUGAUCGGACAAGCGUAACAGAAUAUUUUCGUGAAAAAUAUGAUAGAAAAUUACGUUAUCCAGAUUUACCCACAGUAGAAUUAUAUACACCUGGUAAUAAGUCUCUAUCUCAUCAUCUUCCAAUGGAAGUGUGUACUAUACAAGAAUGGCAACGUUCAAUAAAACCUCUAACGGCGGAUCAACGAGCAAGAGUAACAAAAAAAACUGUUGUGAAACCUGAACAGCGUUACGAUACCAUAAUGCGAGUAGUUUAUGAUCGAAAAUUUAACGAUGAUACUUAUUUGAAACAAAUCGGCAUGACUGUUGAAGACAAAGACAUGAUCAUUAUACCAGGACGUAUUCUACCACCACCUGAAAUAUGGUAUAAAUCAAAUCGAGAUAAUUCAGAUGUGAUUGAACGUGUUAGUAUUGGAAAAUGGAAUCUUCGAAAUCGUCUACAUACAACAAGAGAAAUAAAAAAAUGGGCAUGUGUAUUAGUUUCAUCGCGUGAACCGAGCAAUCGUGAAAUCGAUGUUGCAUCACAAUUUGCUGCACGAUUUCCUGAAAUAAUUGGACGUUUUGGUAUUUAUUUUUCCUCAGCUCCCAUACAAAAAUCCGAUCCCGCUGUGCCGAAUAUCAUCCUUAGAAGGUUAGAAGAGUUGAAACAAGAGAAAUGUGAAGUUGUAUUGUUUAUUUUAAAUGGAGUUGGUGAAGAUAUUUAUAAAUGUAUUAAAUAUUUUGGAAAUCAAAAACUUGGAAUUAUAACACAAUGUACAGAUUAUUCGGCCAUACAAAAAAAUAUCAUGAAACUUGAUAUGUAUUUACAAAAUUUGGUACAAAAAUUCAAUGCAAAGUUAGGUGGUGUCAAUGGUUUGAUUUCAUUAACGCGUGCAUUAACAUCAGCAUCAAAAAAAGACGAUGUUUUUAUGUUUUUUGGUGCUGAUGUCACUCAUACAACUUGUUCAAGAGAUCGUCCAUCGAUUGCUUGUGUUGUCGGUAGUCGGGAUUCAACGUCAACGCAGUAUGCCUCUAGAAUGACAGAACAGUAUCCACCGAAAGGUCGAAUAUCCCUCGAAAUUAUUAUGGACUUGUUCAAUAUGUCAACAGAUUUAUUGAAACUAUUCGCUUCAUCUAAUGGUUGUUUACCCAAUAAAAUUGUAUUUUAUCGAGAUGGAGUCGAUGAUGGAUCUUAUCAAAAAGUUAUGGAUAAUGAAAUUCGUGCAUUGAAAAACGCUUGCAAAGCUUUAUAUUUGGAUAACCCACAACCGAAAAUUACAUUUCUCGUGGUGAAAAAACGUCAUAAUACUCGUUUUUUUGUUUAUGAUCAACAUCAAAAUACAACUAGUAAUGUUCAAGCUGGAACUGUUGUUGAUACUCACAUCGUCCAUCCUUCUCUCUUCGAUUUUUAUUUAAAUUCACAUGCUGCCAUCAUGGGAACUAGUCAUCCAGUUCUAUAUCAUGUUUUAUAUGAUGAAAUUGGUUUCACGAGUGAUGAAAUUCAACAGCUUACAUAUUAUUUAUGUCAUGCUGAUGUACGUUGUACAAAAGCUGUGUCAAUACCUGCACCAGCACAUUAUGCACAUUUGGCUGCAUAUCAUUCACGGGAUUUGGAUUAUCAAGACGAUCGUCGAAGCAGUAUCAACGGGUAUGAUGACGACAUAAUUGACAGUAAUAUUACACUGGAAGAAGUUCAAACAAAAGUGAUUCAAUUAGACCCAUCAAUCCAGGAUACUAUGUGGUACGUCUGA